GCUGGGCUCGGCGCGCUCUUGGAGAGCCUCGCGCGGCUGGGCCCGCGGCCGCCGGCUCCUCCUCCUACUCUGCUCCUCCUCCUUUUUCUCCUCCUCCACCUCCUCCCCCGCCUCCUCCUCCUCCUCUUCCUCCUCCUCCUCUUCAAUUCUCCGGGUGGCUCGGCUCGGCUCGCUGGCUUCGGAGAAACCCCUACUCCAGUCGCCGACUCAGCGCCCAAAAGGGUCGCCUAGGGCUGGGGGCGCACCCUAGGGAGAGGAAGGGUCCAGGCAGCGGGGCCGCCACGGGCACCUAGCCAUUCCUGGGUGAACCCUGACCGCAGCCGUCGCCGCCUAGGGCAGAGUUUGCGCCCCUGCUUUGCGCCCUGGGCGCCAAAGCCGGGAGGGCGAUGCCCGCGGCGUGAAAGCGCCCGCGGCGGGCGCCGACCUCUGCCCCCAUCUCCUGGCCGCCCCCCGCCCCGUGCCCUUGUGACCCUGGCUUUGGCGCCGCUGCUCAGGCGCCCCGCGAUGUAGCUGCCGCGGUGGCGAUGCACUGGGCCCGUUAGCGCCGGGAGCGCCGGGCAGCUGAGGCGGGGGGCAAGCCCUUCCUCUGAGGAGCCGCGCCCCCGGCCCCGCCGGCCCCGCCGGUCCCGCCGCGAUGCUGUUCCACAGUCUGUCGGGCCCCGAGGUGCACGGGGUCAUCGACGAGAUGGACCGCAGGGCCAAGAGCGAGGCUCCCGCCAUCAGCUCCGCCAUCGACCGCGGCGACACGGAGACGACCAUGCCGUCCAUCAGCAGUGACCGUGCCGCGCUGUGCGCAGGCUGCGGGGGCAAGAUCUCUGACCGAUACUACCUGCUGGCUGUGGACAAGCAGUGGCACAUGCGCUGCCUAAAGUGCUGCGAGUGCAAGCUCAAUCUGGAGUCGGAGCUCACCUGUUUCAGCAAGGACGGCAGCAUCUACUGCAAGGAAGACUACUACAGGCGGUUCUCUGUUCAGCGCUGUGCCCGCUGCCACCUAGGCAUCUCGGCCUCAGAGAUGGUAAUGCGUGCUCGGGACUUGGUUUAUCACCUCAACUGCUUCACAUGCACCACGUGUAACAAGAUGCUGACCACUGGCGAUCACUUCGGCAUGAAGGACAGCCUGGUCUACUGCCGCUUGCACUUCGAGGCGCUUCUGCAGGGCGAGUACCCAGCGCACUUCAACCAUGCCGACGUGGCCGCGGCAGCGGCUGCAGCUGCUGCGGCCAAGAGUGCCGGGCUGGGCACAGCGGGGGCCAACCCGCUGGGGCUUCCCUACUACAAUGGCGUGGGCACUGUACAAAAGGGGCGACCGAGGAAGCGCAAGAGCCCGGGGCCGGGGGCGGAUCUGGCAGCCUACAACGCUGCACUGAGCUGCAACGAGAACGAUGCCGAGCACCUGGACCGCGACCAGCCCUACCCUAGCAGCCAGAAGACAAAGCGCAUGCGCACCUCCUUCAAGCACCACCAGCUUCGAACCAUGAAGUCUUACUUUGCCAUUAACCACAACCCCGACGCCAAGGACUUGAAACAGCUCGCCCAAAAGACGGGCCUCACCAAGCGGGUCCUCCAGGUCUGGUUUCAGAACGCCCGGGCCAAGUUCAGGCGCAACCUCUUACGGCAGGAAAACACGGGUGUGGACAAGACGACAGAUGCCGCGCUGCAGACAGGGACGCCCUCGGGGCCGGCCUCGGAGCUCUCCAACGCCUCCCUCAGCCCCUCCAGCACGCCCACCACCCUCACAGACUUGACGAGCCCCACCUUGCCAACUGUGACGUCCGUCUUAACUUCUGUGCCUGGCAACCUGGAGGGCCACGAACCCCACAGCCCCUCACAAACGACUCUUACCAACCUUUUCUAAUGACUCGCGGCUCCCCAGCCCCCAUGAUUUCUUUAAAAAAGAAAUUAUCUCUAGUUGAAUUCCAAGUGUAUUUUAAAAUAGAGGCUUUGAGCAACUAACUAACCACAUUUAGGAUCUCGCCUGGAAACAGAGGAAAAAAAAUAAUAAUAAUUGCGUGUCUGGCUAACGCAGCGGUGUGCACCGAGGAAUUACUUGGAAGAUCUAUACGCAACACAACAUUUGUGUCCCUGUACAGUUUUGUGGACUGAGCGAGGAGGAACAACAAAUAAUUUAAGUUGGCUAGAGCUUCUGUAUUUUCAAAGACUGCCACGUGCCUUAGGAAUACUGUUUUAUCCAUACUUGGGAUGACUUGUUCAUUUUUCUCUCCCUCUUUUUCUCUCUGUAUAUUUAUGACCAGAGCAAAAAUGUAAAAAACAAAAGG